AUGGACGACCCCUCCUCGUCCUCGGCGUCGAAGGACAAUGCCGGUCCUGGCUCCAUGUCCAUGUCACAUCAGCAACAGCCUAGCGGUACCGGUCCACCACAACCACCCGUUGUCGCUACCGCUGCGUCUAUCGCGAGACCACAUAGUCACGAGCUUCCCUUCGUCACGCCCUCAUCCUACCUUCGCCCAAGACCGCCCUCUGUGCUUCGCAAAAUGCCUGAAAAACCUCCGAGCCCGCUCGACAAGGAGCAGAUGCAGGGUCUGAGAGCGAUCCGCGAUUUUCUCAAAGUUCGAACCAGCUACGAUGUGCUACCGCUCUCCUUUCGUCUCAUCGUUCUCGACAAUGACCUACUGAUCAAAAAGAGUCUUAACAUCCUUAUUCAAAAUGCAAUCGUUUCUGCGCCGCUAUGGGAUUCGCACAAUUCAGCGUUUGCCGGUCUGCUAACAGCUACGGACUUUAUCAACGUGAUACAAUACUACUGCCAGUUUCCUGAUGAGAUAAGCAAGCUGGACCAAUUCCGUCUGAGUAGCCUGCGAGAUAUCGAAAAGGCCAUCGGCGUCUCUCCGCUCGAAACGGUGUCUGUCAACCCAAUGAGGCCGCUCUACGAAGCCUGCCGCCGUAUGCUCAAAACCCGUGCGCGCCGAAUACCCCUUGUAGACAUCGACGACGAGACUGGUCGUGAAAUGGUUGUCAGCGUCAUUACACAGUAUAGAAUUCUAAAGUUCAUUGCUGUCAACAACGAACACAACACGGUGAUGCUGAAGAAGUCAGUCAAAGAGAUUGGCCUGGGCUCAUACAAGAACUUGGCGACAGCUAAGAUGGGCACCUCCGUUUUGGACGUUGUCGAUUUGAUGGUCAAACACAACAUCUCGUGCGUGCCCAUCGUCGACAAGCACAACCGCGUUCUCAACGUGUUCGAAGCUGUCGAUAUCAUCCCAUGCAUCAAAGGCGGCGUGUAUGAGGAGCUCUCGUCUAGCGUUGGCGAAGCUCUCUGUAAGCGGCCCGACGAUUCUCCAGGGAUUUACACUUGUAGCCCUGACGACAGACUGGACUCCAUUUUUGACACUGUCCGCAAGUCAAGAGUGCAUCGCCUAAUCGUGGUGGAUGAUGACAAUCGUCUUGUGGGCGUCAUUUCUCUUUCUGACAUCCUGAAGUACGUUCUUCUGUAUGGAGAGGAGGAAGACACCAAGUGA